CUGAACUUCUGUUUUGCUUCCUUCGCGCACGAGAGACACAACGUGGCUUCGCUUUUGACAAGAACUGAUCGCAGCUAUCGGAUGUAAAUACACGUUUAUCAAAUAAAAGGUUUGUGUGCGAGGGUCGACGUCGACACAACCAGCUGUUUGACGAGCGAACAGUCCUCGGGCAAACAUGUUUAAUGAAGAUGAAGACUGGAGUGACGAACAAGACGCUCAGAUCCCGAGUGAACCUGUUUGCAAAGACACACAGAACAGCACAAAUGUCCAGUCCAAGGUUGUUGGUAAAAAGAGUCUGCUGCGGACUCUGCAAACACUGGGAUCAAUACCAGAGUGGAAGAACGACGACCACCAGCAGGACAGUGACAGUGAGACACAAACAGCUCCAUCACCUACCAAGAGAAAGAAGAAGAGAAGGAAAAAGAGAAGACAUGCAAAUACGUCAGAGGAGCAGCAAGAGAAUGGAGACUUGGAUCAGAGUGUCGAGGUGGAGAAACCAGCACCAAAAAAGAGAAACAAAGACAACAAAGUUGGGGCCCCGAAGGUAAAAAUCAUGUCUGCAGACGACACAAAGGAUAAAGAAAUUACUAAAUCUGCAGAGACAAACAUAAACGAACCGGAGAACACGGAGGGGCUGAGUAGACAACAAUGGAAAAACAAAAUGAAGAACAAGAGGAAAUGUAAAAACAAAUACCGACAGAAUAAGCCUGAGGAGGAAGAGAAUGAAACGGAAGCUGCAGAAAAACCUAAACCAAAGGAAGAUGGAAAAACAGAUUCGUACAGCUACAAGAACGGCAAGAGAAGCACUCAGACAGCAGCCCCGAAAAAGAGAACGGAGACACAACGUAAACCACAGAAAAGGAAAAGCACUGUAGAGGACACCAACAUAUCCUGUGCAUCAGAAAUACGAACAGUGGAAGAGGAAAAGCAGCUCAUUGAAAAAGAGAGCAAAACAAAAGGGGGCUGUGAACAUGCUAUGAUCGCAGAUGAUCAGCAGCAGUUACCCACGAAGAGACCGAAACCUGAGCUGAGCAGAGAACAGAGUCUGAAGAGAGAGAAGCUGAGGAAAAUGCUCCAGUGCAAGGAAACGGUCAAACACGAGAGUCCGGCAGAGCAGAAAGACGUGCCGGCGGUGCCAGAAGAGGAGGUGAGGCUGGACCGCUCCUCCUCCCUCAGGUCCCGCAUGGAGCAGCGGUUGGAAUCGGCUCGUUUCCGCUACAUCAACGAAGUUUUGUACAGCACGUCUAGUGGCGAGGCGACCCGCAUGUUCAAACAGGAUCCACAAGCCUUCUGGAUCUACCACAGAGGAUACACCGCACAGGUUCAGAGGUGGCCCGCCAAUCCAGUGGAUGCCAUCAUCUCUUACAUUCAGCAAAAACCGCCCUCGCUCGUGGUCGCAGACUUUGGCUGCGGUGACUGUAAAAUAGCGCGCAGUGUGAAGAACAAAGUGCACAGCUUCGACCUGGCCGCGACCUGCGAGCUUGUUACAGUCUGUGACAUGGCCAAUGUGCCGCUCGGUAAGAGCUCAGUGGACAUCGCCGUGUUCUGCCUUUCGCUCAUGGGGACCAACCUGGCAGAUUUUUUAGCAGAGGCCAAUCGAGUCUUAAAGAUGAGGGGUGUGCUUAAAAUAGCAGAAGUGGCCAGCAGGUUCGACAACGUGCGGAGCUUCGUCACUGCUCUGGCAAAUCUUGGAUUCAAGAUAGUUUCCAAGGAUACUGAGAAUACUCAUUUCCACUCCUUUGAAUUUGUGAAGGCAGGAGAUGCUCCAGAGAACGUUAAGAAAUUUGGACUUCAGUUGAAGGCUUGUUUAUACAAGAAAAGAUGAGGAAGUUGUUGAACUUCAUGAAAGCAUAAAUGUUUUCCCCACAUAUUUGUUAUUCUCUUUUUUGAAUGCAGCGCAAAGUUUAACACUUAUUUAAAAGUGUCUUAUUCCGAUGAUACAUGUUUUCUCAGUCUUCAAGAUAGUUGAAUUGUGUGCAUCAUAUACACAUGGUUUAAAUACAUAAUUGAAUGAGAUGAGAAUUGAAUUGAAUUACAAUUGUCUGUGGUUAUGAGCCACCAGGUUCCCUUUCUGAGCAGAAACUGCUCAGGUUGAAUUCCCUCUCCCUCCCUGUAAGGAUGUUAUAUGAUUAAAAACAAACCUUGGAAAUA